AUGAGAAGGUCCAGUAAUUUUAGGAAUUCCAGAGGGCGCUGGAAUAAUCGAAACAUUCCAUCGAACAGUGGUCGUUAUCCGUCAAAUAAUCAUAGGAAUCCUCGUAGACCACCAACUGCACACCUAAAAUUAACUUAUGGAGGGAGUGAUAAAAUAAUUCAAGUUCCUCUCGGAAGGGAAAUCGAUAAAGUUUGGAGUAAAAUGAAAAGACACGAACUGAAAAAUCAACAUAUGAUGAGACGUUUCAUAUGUUCAUGUCUUGUAACUGCAAACGAAGCGGGAGACAAAGCCGAAGGUUUAGUUCAUGAUUUGGGAUCUCCAGAUGGAAUGUCCCGAAUUAGAGAGAUCUUGAUGUUUGACAUGUCUGUUGACGCAGGCUUAAAGCCCAAUUUCGCAUCAUAUCAGCGUGUAAUUUUGCCUUUUCUAGCUCUUUUAACACGCAAGGCAAUUUCAGAUUGUACACUUGAGCGGUACCUUAAUGCUAUUUACUCAGUUGUAUAUAGUAACUUGGAAUCCUUUAUAAACGAUGGUGUAAUUAAUAUGCUUGAAAUAUUGGUUCGCCGCAAUGAUAUCGAAGAUCGAGAAACCAAUAAAACUGAAUUGAUCAACGAUGAUAAAAAUUCAUUCAUUCCUACCUC